GUGUAGAACAAUUAUUUAUGUGUGUAUUCGCACGUCGAACAAUAAAUGAAGCAAAAUUUUUUAUAUGUAAUUAUAAAGUUUAGUUUGAAUAAUUAUCAAGAAAUAAAUAUACUCAGAUAGAUAACAUUUCGAGUAAAAUAUGAAUCAAUUAUUCAUCUUUAUGUAAAUAUUGCAGUGGCAUUUAUCCAAAGGAUGACGUGCCAUGUUGUCUAUUUCGCGAUUAUCAAUCUUUGACAUUAUGAGUUGUCAUAAAUUUUAUUUACAUAAUCUUACCGGUGAAGAUUCAAUUAUGUCCAUUUAAUAAAAUUUAGUAAUAUGGAAAAUCGUAGCCACCGAAACCAAAAUCAACAAUCUUUUUGGAAAAAAAAUGCUCGUGCUGUUCCCGGAAGACCUAGUCUUAAACAAGAUAACCGACAAGCAAAAAUGUCUGCGACGAGCGGUAUACAAAGUGGAAACGGUGGAACACUUGCAGCUGGAAGUAGUGCAGCAUCUUUUAAAGAUUUCCAAGAAAGUGUAGAUGAUGCCUGGGAUUCAGGAGAUGAUGAAUUUUGUAUGGUUUCUGACGUAAAAAUAUCUAAAAAAGUAAGUCAAUCAGCUGCAAUGAGUGUUAUUAAUAGCCAUCGCAGCAGGGAAGGAUAUGAUAAUGUCACAAAUAACAAAGAUUUCCACUCGGAAAAAAAUCAAGAAAUUAUACCAGAAAUUAAAAAAAUUGAAGCUUUACAAAGAUUAGCAGUUCAACCUUUACAUCUUCGUAACGAUUUGACUAAUUCAACAACAUCCAGUUAUCAAAGUAAUCGUAAUAGAUGUAGCCAACAAACUGAAACAGAAAUUGAUACUGAUGAAAAAGUAGGAACUUCACCUUAUCGUGGUAAUCCACAUUUUCCAGGGAGACCUCAAGCUUUACGACCAACUUCAGCAUCAAAGUUUUUUAUGCCUUUUAAAGAACAAGAUGGUGAAAGUAAAGUUGAUAAAUUUCAAAGUCUUUUAGAAGCUUCUCUGCUUAAUUUGGAUGAAUUAAGACAAUUAUCCUGGUCUGGAGUACCAGCUAAAUUACGGUCAAUAACCUGGCGGCUAUUAUCAGAAUAUUUACCAGCGAAUUUGGAACGAAGGCAACAAGUAUUAGAGCGUAAACGUUUAGACUAUUGGAAUUUAGUUAAACAAUACUAUGACACAGAGAGAGAUGAAGCGUUUCAAGAUACAUAUCGACAAAUUCACAUUGAUAUUCCACGGAUGUCUCCACUUAUUUCCUUAUUUCAACAACAUACUGUUCAACUCAUAUUCGAAAGGAUAUUGUACAUAUGGGCGAUACGACAUCCUGCCUCUGGUUAUGUUCAGGGUAUGAACGACUUGGUAACACCAUUCUUCCUGGUUUUUCUACAAGAGGCAAUACCUGUUUCCGCCUGGCAAGAUCUUGAAAACUACGACGUCGCUUCUUUGGAACAAAAACAAAGAGAUAUCAUUGAAGCAGAUAGUUUUUGGUGCCUCUCCAAGUUUCUUGAUGGUAUUCAAGACAACUAUAUUUUUGCUCAACUAGGAAUCCAAUACAAAGUUAAUCAACUCAAAGAACUUAUUCAAAGAAUUGAUGCACAAUUACAUCAACACUUAUAUCAACACGGUGUUGACUAUCUUCAAUUUUCAUUUCGAUGGAUGAAUAAUUUAUUAACCAGAGAAAUUCCACUUCAUUGUACAAUUCGUCUCUGGGAUACAUAUCUCGCCGAGUCUGAACAUUUUGCCUCAUUUCAACUUUAUGUUUGUGCUGCUUUCCUUCUUAGAUGGAGACGUCAUCUUCUCUCUCAACCUGAUUUUCAAGGUUUAAUGUUGAUGUUACAAAAUUUGCCAACCCAAAAUUGGACUGAUUCUGAAAUUGGUGUUCUUGUUGCUGAAGCUUACAAGUUAAAAUUUACAUUUGCCGAUGCUCCUAAUCAUCUCCAAGCUCAUGAUUCUAGGUGACUAAUUCUUAAUACGUAUUCAACUAAUCA